UAAGUGCUGAAUUGAUUAAAAAUGUUUCAAUUUGUAAUGAAAUCAUAGACACGCAACGCAUUACUAUUGGAGUGUGUGUAAAAGAGAUGGCUUGGCGGGUGAAAUCGAGUUUUUGCAUGUAAAUACGAAUAAAGAGCGGCUGUCGCGGUGUCUUCGUGGCGGCUUUAAAAGCUUUAACAAAGAACAUGACCCACGCAUCACAUGACCUUGUGGAGGAGGAGGAGCAGUGUACACUGCUCAUAAAUUCAACAACCAACAGCUCAACGGCUUCCGGGUCUGAGGAUGAUGCACAGCCAAAGCACAAAUUGCGCGGAACAAGAAAUCUGCACCGCAGACAGCGGACGCGUUACCAUCUGCCCAGAAGCAUGCGGCGUUGUGGCUGUUAUACGCUAACCGGUUUUGUUGUCUUCUUAAUGCUAUACAAUUACCUGCCCAACAUCUAUAUGGAUGUACAAAAGCGACGUGUAUCCUUGUCGGACUGGACGUCGAACACGUCCCUUGACAUCAAGGACUACAUUGCACCGCAGCAGGAUACGGCACUUAUAAUGCCGCGAGAUUUUUGUCACAACAAAACAUUUCUGAUUAUUGCCGUCUGCACGGACUUGAACAAUUUCGUAGAACGUCAGACAAUACGUGAAACAUGGGGCAAUACAACAGAUUUCAAUUACGAUGCUUUCGCCAAGCUGCAUGCCCAUAUGAAAGGUCGCUACCUGCCGGCAAGGCCGGAUCGCCUGCAUCUCUAUGCCGAUUACCUCAGCGGUGAGGGUGACACACUAACGGCAACGGUGCGCGUCGUAUUUAUUGUGGGACGCAGCAGCUAUGAAUCACAUCUGGGCAACGAAACAAUAACACGACUACACAACGAAGCACAACUAUACAACGAUAUUAUUCAAGAUAAUUUCAUUGAUACCUACGACAAUUUAACAAUCAAAUCCGUCAUGGCACUCAAACAUGUCAGCAAAAGAUGCGCCAAAACUUGCGCCUACUUUCUAAAAUGCGACGAUGAUACGUUUGUUAAUGUGCCAAAUCUGUUGCACUAUUUACUGGGUGGAACAGUGCCAUUAUACAACGAUACCAUGGAUUAUCACGAUCGUAGGUCGUUUUUGGUCAUGUUGCCACAGAACCGACUGAAUGCCACCUCGGGCAUAAUGAGAGGUCAUCAGUUUUGCAAUGUGGUGCCCGUAAGUGAUGUGAGCAGUAAAUGGUAUAUGCCAUACUAUAUGUACCAAGGCGACGCAUAUCCACAGUAUCUCUCUGGUGCUGGUUACCUAAUGUCCAUAGAUGUUGUGGAGCGUCUCUAUGAGGCCGCAUUAAACACAUCGCUCGUUUACCUGGAGGAUGUCUACAUCACAGGACUCUGCGCCGAUCGAGCGAACAUUAAGCGCAAACAUCAUUCGUUAUUCAGCUUUGCGCACUCGAAGCAUCUGUGCGCCUUCAAGGGCAGCAUAACCCAACACCAAGUGAAGGAGGACAGCAUGGUGGAGGCGUGGCGUUACGUCUCCAACUAUAGUAUUCAAUGCCCGGCGCCGGGCAUUUACUUAAACCAUAUGCGACUGCGAAAUCGCAUCAAUUGCUAAAAGAAAAAGAUAGAAAGAGAGCUGUGAAUUUUGCCUCCCUGUAUAACAUAGGUUCAUCUAUUGUAUACGUAGCAUAUAACUUUUACAUAUCUAUUACUUAGUUGAAUUGAAUACUCUUUAAAUGAUUCGUUGACUAAGCAAUUAUAGAUAUUUGUGUACAUACACUUGUACUUUUAAUGCGCAACAAUUCUCGCACACAUUAAUUUAUAUUUUACUUUUGAACACGAUCUGUUUCUUGAAUAAGUAUUGUGGAAAAUCCGUAUUCGGUAAACAUAUUAUCUAAGUCAAUCAUACCUUAAUUUCGCGUAAAAGUAAACCUAUUAUAUGUAUUCAAUAUUUGUAUAGAACGUUAGGCAACUAAUUACAAAUAAACUAUAUGCUCAUUAAAGUUAAUAGUAUUCCUUGUAAUUCUUUUUCGAUAUUGCCAAAAUGAUAUUUUUCCACAAUGUUUAAUCAAAUAAGAAACUGGAUUUAGCAAUGUCAAGACAAAAAAGAACGGAUCAAAUAUAAAAGACACUUAAACUUGCCCGAAACUAAUAAGUUUAUAUGAAAAGCUCACGUAAAUGUUCUAAUUUGUCCACAUGUUAAGCUUACAUUUGUACGUAAAUAUAGCACAAAAUAAAAGUUCAAGUUAAUUGUGA